UAAUUCAGUACUUUGUUUGUCAGUGAUGAAGUAUUUCGUGAUUUUAGUGACAUUGUCACGUGUCUCUUGUAUCAUCUAUGACACGUUUACUGGUCGGGAAGUGGCCCUUCAACGUCGAAUGAGCAAUUCAACACAAGAUUUAUUAGAUGGCUUGAGUUUAUUCUAUCAAAUAAGACCAUGGUGUACAAUAGACGUUCCAGAAUGUUCACCUUACGAGCCGCGUCGUGUAGACGGCACAUGCAACAACCUGCGAUUCCCCACACGGGGGGCGACUUUCACCCCCUACCAUCGCUUACUACCCCCCAACCAUUCCACAUUCGGAGGUCUAAGGACAUCAACGAGCGGUGAACCACUCCCCAAUGCGAGGAAACUUCGAGUGUCGUUGAUAUCUGAUGGUCGAGUCCAUAAUAAAUACUACACACAAUUGGUCACAAAUCAAUUGUUAAUGAUAACUGGUGAUAUCACAUCGGCUCAUGAUACGAUCAACUACAUCGUGGUAACAACUACUUGUUGCUUCCCUGGGGGUGCGUUGAACCCUACUUGUAUGCCGAUAGAAGUGCCGUUCAAUGAUAUACAUUUAAGAGAAAGUGGGAUACGAUGCCUCAAUUUGACGAGAGCCUUAACGUAUCAGAGGUUUGGAUGUGCCCCGAUAUCACUUCCACCGGAAAGAAUAAACACAUCACCUCCACUCCUUGAUAUCUCUAAUAUGUACGGAAUCAAUAGUAUCGGAGUUGAUCAGUCCAGGUUAAAAGUUGAUGGAUUACUACGUUUUGAAGUUGACAAGGGGAAAGAAUGGCCACCGAAUGGGGCUCCUAUCUGUUUAGCAAAUGAACUGCCUCAAGAGACGUAUUGCUAUAAUGGAGGUAAUCCAGGUUUAAACGCCCCUCUUGGCAUCCAACUGGUCGGUUUAUGGCAUUUUCGGAGUCACAACCAGAUCGCCAGGAUCUUAGCUCAGAUGAACCCUUGUUGGGGAGACGAGCGGCUGUUUUUAACUGCACGAGAUAUUAAUUUGGCGUUAUACCAACAUAUAACAUACUAUGAAUUGAUGCCGGAAGUACUAGGUUAUAAAUUAUUGCUAAAAAACCAAGUUAUAUACGAAACAAACGGACACGUGGACGAUUACGACGAUUCUGUAGAGCCACGCGUCAGUAUUGAAUACGUCAUCGCAACGAGAUGGUUCCACACACUACAAGAAGGAAGACUUCAAUUAUUCGAUAAUCAAGGAAAAUUCCUCAAUGAAUUAGAUAUGACGGAUUACACUCUACGUACUGGAGCGUUGCGUGUCAAUAAUACUGUAGAGGGAGUGACGCAAGGCGCGUUUCGAGAGCCCUGCGCCGGCAAUGACCUCUACGUUGACCCUGAAAUAGGGGAGCGGAUACUAGGUCCGUUACAGCGAGCCUCUGACGUUUCUAGCAGCGAUAUUAUGAAAGGACGUGAUGUAGGACUUCCUUCAUACAAUCGUUAUAGAGAGCUCUGCCAUUUGCCUAUCGCUAAUACCUUCGAUGACCUCUACCAAUGGAUGCCUAAAGAUCAAGUAGACGUGAUAUCUCGUAGUUACGAGUCUGUGGAAGACGUUGAUCUGUUAGCUGGUAUAAUGGUGGAGCGACCACUGCCGGGUGCUAUGGUGGGUCCAACCCUCGCCUGCAUCAUGAUAGACCAGCUCCUACGCUGGAGACGAUCUGAUAGAUUCUGGUAUGAGAACUCUAUACAUGCGGGAUCGUUUACACAAGAACAAUUGUAUGAAAUUCGAAAAAUGACAAUCGCCCGAUUGAUUUGUGACCACGGAGACUCAGUGGAUUCUAUACAACCGUAUGCUUUUGUACUUCCUAAUUAUAGGAAUGAAAUAACAGACUGCUCGAAUAUUCCUGCCCUCAAUUGGGACGUUUGGAGAGAUUCCAGUUGCAACAAUAAUCCACAGAAUUCAACAAUAACACAAUUAAAUACAACACAAAAUGUAUGAAAUAAAUAUGAUUAUGCAAUA